AUGGAAAGCGACGGUGAGAAAGAGAAGCAGAGAUCGAUGUCGACCCAAGACUUGUCUUUGGAGUCGCCAAUUGAGCUCAAUAAUGAUACUGCGCAUAUUUAUACGGGAAUCAAUUCUGAAGAAAACAUGAUGGUUAAGGAAUUGGCAAGAACGUUAACCAAUACGUCUGCAAGAAGACAGCAGGACAAUCGUAGUGGGUCAGCGCAUUUGUAUUCACUUACUUCAGCUGAGUAUGGUGUUAACCCAGUUUAUAUGGAUGAGUCGAAUCCUGGUUAUGAUCCUCGUUUAGAUCCCACUUCUGACCAUUUCUCUUCAGAGGCAUGGACUAAGAAUAUGUCUAGAAUAAACGCAUCGGAUGCUUCUUAUUAUAAACCCUAUUCACUUGGCUGCAUGUGGCGAAAUCUCAGUGCAUACGGUAAUUCCGCCGAUGUUGCAUAUCAGUCCACGAUCUACCAAAGUGUGGUCAAGGCAGUUAGUUCCAUGGCUAGGCAAUUCCGCGGUAAUAAGCAUGUCAACACAGUUGACAUUUUGAAGCCAAUGGAUGGGCUUGUCAAACCCAAUGAAUUGUUGGUGGUGUUAGGUAGGCCUGGGUCUGGUUGCACUACGUUGCUCAAAUCAAUUUCAUCAAAUACUCAUGGAUUUUACGUCGGUGAAGAUGCGAUGAUUUCCUAUGAUGGUCUCACGCCAAAACAAGUUGCCAAGAACUACAGGGGCGCGGUAGUUUACACUGCCGAGGUAGAUGUCCAUAUCCCGCAUUUAACGGUCUUUCAAACGCUGUACAAUGUGGCACUGCUUGCCACUCCUGUUAAUCGUAUUAAAGGGGUGGACAGGGAAACAUAUGCAAAACACAUAACUGAGGUGACGAUGGCCACGUAUGGUUUAUCUCACACAAAGAACACAAAGGUCGGAAAUGACUUCAUCAGAGGUGUUUCUGGUGGAGAAAGGAAGCGUGUAUCUAUUGCGGAAGUGUCAAUUUGUGGAUCUAAGUUUCAGUGUUGGGAUAACGCAACAAGAGGUUUGGAUUCUGCAACCGCACUAGAAUUUGUUAAAGCAUUACGUGUAAAUGCGGAUUUGACCGAUUCUGCAGGUGUGGUUGCCAUUUAUCAAUGUUCUGAAGAAAUCUAUACUCUCUUUGACAAAGUUUGUAUUCUUUAUGAAGGUCGCCAAAUAUUUUUUGGAUCUACUAAGGAAGCCAAACAAUAUUUCUUGGAUCUUGGGUAUAUCUGCCCACCCAGACAAGCAACAGCAGAUUUUCUCACAGCAAUUACAAACCCUUCUGAAAGAAUUAUAAAUGAAGAGUUUUUAAAAGCUCAGAAGUAUGUGCCAGUAACUCCAAAAGAGAUGGAGAUUUGUUGGAAGCAGUCAGACCAAUAUAAGAGGCUGUUACAGGAGAUUGAUAGUUAUGCUACAAAUGAAUCUGAACAAGGCGAUUUAAAAUUGAAACAAGCACACUGUGCAAGACAAUCUAAGUCGUCUCGUUCCUCCUCUCCAUACAUUUCUAGUUUCAACCAACAAGUCAAGUAUUUGACUACGCGUAAUAUACAAAGGGCAAAGGCUACGAUGGAGAUUACUCUAUUUCAAAUAAUCGGUAAUAUUGUGAUGCCAUUAAUAAUAGGUUCCAUGUUUUAUAAAGCAAUGAAGCCAAAUGAUGCAACAACAUUUUAUUCUCGUGGAGCCGCUAUGUUUUACGGCCUUCUGUUUAAUGCUUUCUCGUCGCUUUUGGAAAUAAACGCAUUGUAUGAGAUUAGGCCUGUCACUGAGAAACAUAAGCGUUACGCAUUAUACCAUCCAGGCGCGGAGGCAUUGGCUUCUAUCAUGUCUGAAAUACCUAUAAAAAUUACCAUUUCGGUUACUUUUAAUUUGGUUUAUUAUUUCAUGGUUAAUUUCCGCCGAGAUGCUGGUACGUUCUUUUUCUUCUAUCUUAUUGUGAUGUUGUCCACUUUUGCUAUGUCGCAUUUAUUCAGAUGUGUCGGUGCUGCUACUAAGACCUUACCCCAGGCUAUGAUUCCAGCCUCAAUAAUAUUGUUAAUACUAGCGAUGUAUGUUGGGUUUGCGGUUCCAAAGACUAAAAUAUUGGGAUGGUCCAAGUGGUUAUUUUACAUAAAUCCUCUAACACAUGCUUUUGAAUCGCUGAUGAUAAAUGAAUUCCAUGGGCGAGAAUUCCAAUGUGCCAAUUAUGUACCGUCAGGGCCGUUAUAUCAGGGCUUUUCUUCCGAUAACCGUGUUUGCGCAGUCGUUGGUUCUGUGCCUGGUAGUGACAAAGUACUUGGUGAUAGAUACAUUGAGCUUUCAUAUGGUUAUUUGCACUCUCACAAAUGGCGUUCCGUUCCAAUUCUUUUGGCAUAUAUCUUUUUUUUCUUAAUAGUUUACCUACUCUUGUGUGAGUACAAUGAAAGUGCAAAGCAGAAUGGUGAAAUAUUAGUAUUUCCCAAAUCUGUUGUCAACAGGUUGAAAAAAGAGAAUAAACUAAACCAGAAGAAUGCUGAUGAUGAAGAAAAGUCCUUAGGUAUCGAACCGAUAUCAGAUUCCAAAUUAAUAAGAUCCUCUACAGGAAGAUCUAACUUGGAAACGACGGUUGGCCUCUCCAAGUCACAGGCUAUAUUCCACUGGAGGAAUGUCUGCUACAGUGUUAAAAUUAAGGACGAAAACCGACUCAUAUUGGAUCAUGUUGAUGGGUGGGUAAAACCGGGAACGUUAACAGCCUUGAUGGGUGCAUCAGGUGCAGGUAAAACUACUUUGUUGGAUUGUUUAGCUUCAAGAGUUACAACUGGUGUCCUUACUGGUAGCAUGUUUGUAAAUGGAAACUUGCGUGAUAAAUCCUUCCCUAGGUCAAUCGGAUAUUGUCAGCAACAAGAUCUACAUUUAUCCACUGCCACCGUUAAGGAGUCUUUGAGAUUCAGCGCUUAUUUACGUCAAUCUGCCGAUAUUCCUAAAGAAGAAAAGGAUCGAUAUGUAGAUGAGGUGAUCAAAAUUCUAGACAUGGAACAGUAUGUUGAUGCUGUUGUAGGUGUUGCUGGUGAAGGUUUGAACGUUGAGCAGAGGAAGCGGUUGACUAUUGGUGUCGAGUUAGUUGCUAAACCAAAGUUAUUGUUAUUUUUGGAUGAACCCACUUCUGGUCUAGACUCUCAAACAGCAUGGUCUAUAUGUCAAUUGAUGAGAUCCUUGGCUGAUCAUGGCCAAGCUGUUUUGUGUACAAUCCACCAGCCUUCUGCUUUACUAAUGCAGGAAUUUGAUAGAUUGUUGUUACUGCAAAAACACGGACAAACGGUUUAUUUCGGUGAUCUGGGUGAUGGUUGUUCAACGAUGAUUAAAUAUUUUGAAGAUCAUGGUGCUGAGCCAUGUGAUAAAAACUCAAAUCCUGCCGACUGGAUGUUACGUGUAAUUGAUGCGGCUCCUGGAUCUACUGCAAAUCAGGAUUAUCAUGAGGUUUGGAAAAAUUCUAAAGAGUAUGAGGAGGUGCAAAAGGAACUAUCUUUGAUGGAGCAAGAGUUGCCUAAGAGACCAUUAGACACUUCUUCAGAGCAGACUGAAUUUGCUACCGGUUUCCCUUACCAAGUGAAAUUAGUGACUUCCAGAUUAUGGCAGCAAUAUUGGCGGACGCCGUCCUAUAUAUGGUCUAAAUUCUUUGUGGCUAUUAUCUCCUCCUUAUUUGUUGGCUUUACUUUCUUCAAAUCCGAUCUUUCUAUGCAAGGUUUACAAAAUCAAAUGUUAUCGAUUUUCAUGUUAAUUGUUGUUUUUAACCCAAUACUCCAACAAUAUUUACCUGUAUUUGUCUCUCAAAGGAACUUAUACGAGUCAAGAGAGCAGCAUUCGAGGACAUUUUCUUGGAAAUCUUUUCUCGUUGCACAACUCAUUGUUGAAAUACCUUGGAAUGUGAUUGUCGGAACCCUCAGCUUCUUCUGUUACUACUAUGCAGUUGGGUUGUACAAUAGCGCCUCGGUAGCUCACCAAUUGACUGAAAGAGGUCUAUUGUUUUGGUUGUUCUCUAUUAUUUAUUAUGUCUACGUUGGUUCCGCUGGUCAAGCAGCUAUAGCCGGGGUGCAGAACAUUGAAAGUGCAGGUAAUUUGGCUAGUAUGGUAUUUACAUUAUGUUUAUCAUUCUGUGGUGUUAUGGUGAGUCGCAAAAAUCUUCCAAGAUUCUGGAUAUUUAUGUAUCGUAUCUCUCCCUUUACUUACAUGGUAGACGGUAUGUUGUCCGUUGCAGUCGCCAAUGUUGAUGUUCGGUGUUCCGAUUAUGAAUAUAUCCAUUUUAAUGCUCCCGCUGGGCAGACAUGCCAGCAAUACACAGACGCUUACAUGAAUGUUGCUGGAGGUUAUCUCUCCAACCCUAAUUCAACAACAGAUUGCUCUUUCUGCCCUAUUUCCUCUACAAAUGCCUUUUUGAGCUCCGUGGACUGUUCGUAUUCUCAUAGGUGGAGAAAUAUUGGAAUAUCCGUCGCCUAUAUUUUAUUGAAUUACUUCAUAUUCCUUGGUUUAUACUGGUUGACAAGGGUUCCCAAAAAGAGACCUGACUUGGUAGAAUCCACAGACGCUGAUAGACCAUCAUCAUCAUAA